AUGUCUCUAAUAGAUCCAUCUCGAACAACAACACCCCGUAUGAGGCAGCCCACGAUUCCAACGGGCUUGAAACUUGGCAGCUUUUCAGUCUUCAACGCCAGCUCUGGAACCGCUCUCGCCGAUGUCACUCCGGAAGAUGACAGUAUUCAUGUUUACUACGGCGGUUCUAACGAUAGUAUCCUGGGGAAAGUCGAUGAUUCUAACUCAGGUUGGUAUGACAGCGCCUUCUCCCAGUCGGGCAUGACCGGAAGCCAGGUUGCCGCUAUUAUCUGGGUACUGACAGCCGGUUGGAUAUACAUAUGUCUUUCCAGCAGCCAUAAUUUGUGA